AUGACAGAUACUUCUGAAUCAAAAUCGACACAGGAGAUCAAUGAUGUUGUCUCCGAAGCAGUCGCUGAACCAGUCGCUGCUGCUACUGAAGUCGCAGCCCCUGUGGUUGAUGCUGAAAACACAGAAAAGAAGACUGACGAGUUUAUCAGAACAAGAAAAGGAGACAGCAUUGGAAGCACUGCCAAAAGACAGCGCUUACUCAAAAAAGAACCGGACACUCGUAUUGUUGAUGAGGAGGGAAAACCAGUUUAUUCUGGUGAAGAAAGGAAGCCUAAAAGAAAGGUUGCUUGUAUGAUUGGAUACUGUGGAACAGGUUACCAUGGGAUGCAACUAAACCCUCCAAAUAAGACUAUUGAAGGUGAUCUUUUUGAAGCAUUCGUUAAAGGAGGUGCCAUUUCUAAAAACAAUUCGAACGAUUUGAAAAAGAAUGGCUUCAUGCGUGCUGCAAGAACAGACAAAGGUGUUCAUGCGGCUGGUAAUGUGAUAUCUCUCAAGAUGAUCAUUGAAGAUGACAAUGUCGUUGAGAAGAUCAACUCUCACCUUCCAGAGCAAAUCAGAUUGUGGGGCUACCAGCGUACAAACAAGUCAUUCGAUUGUAGAAAGAUGUGUUCAUCUCGUAUUUAUGAGUAUUUGAUGCCAACUUACUCUUUUCUACCACCAAGACCUGGCUCCGUCCUAGCCAAAGAGAUUUUAAAGGCUGAGAAAGAAUUUCAAGGUACUACCAGAGUUGAUAAGGAAGGUGAGACUUUUUGGGACGAAUUGAUGGCUAAGUGUGAAGCUGUUGGCGUUACGGAUAAUGAAAUUGAUCAAAUCUAUGAAGCAAACAGAUUAGGCUUGGACUUGUCGGUUCCUUUAGAACAAGCUGCAAUCAAUUUCAGAAAGAUAUCUCGUGAAUGUAGAGGUGCUUUCAGAAUAUCUCAAGAAAGAUUGGAGCUAGUCAGAAAAGCCUUAAACAUUUAUGUUGGAUCCCACAAUUUCCAUAACUUUACACUUGGUAAGGCCUACAAAGAUCCAAGCGCCAAAAGAUAUAUGAAGGCUUUCAAAGUUAGUGAGCCUUUCUUGAUUGAAGGCACUGAAUGGAUCAGUAUUAAGAUUCAUGGACAGUCUUUUAUGUUGCAUCAAAUUCGUAAGAUGAUUGGCAUGGUUGCGUUAGUCAUUAGAACCGGCUGUCCACUGGAAAGAAUUGAAGAGGCUUUUGGGGAGAACAAGAUCAACAUUCCUAAGGCACCAGCUUUGGGUUUAUUGCUAGAGCAACCUGUUUACGAUGGUUACAAUGAAAGACUUGAAGGAUGGGGCCAUGAGGCUUUAGGCUUUGACAAGUACGAAAAAGAAAUGGAUGCCUUCAAGCAUAAGUUCAUUUAUGAUAAAAUCUUUAAAGAAGAACAGCAAGAACAUGUGUUUUCGGGCUUUUUCAGUUUUAUCGAUGCUUUCAACGGUACUAACGAAAACAGUGGAGUUCCUAUUUUCCAAUUCUUGACCGCACGUGGUAUUGCUGGUAACCAGGUAAAUGAUAAUGAUGGUGAGGAAUAA